AUGGUGAACUGUGGUCUUUGUGCGCAGUUGAUCGUGGUUACAGUGUCAACCGUCAAUUUCUUGCUUGUUGUGAAUGGACAACAUGAUAAACAGGUGGCCGUCAAAUGGGGAGUAGCUGAUAGUACGGCCACCGUUGGAAGACUGUUCCGUAUGCACAUACCUAGUGACGCCUUCAGAGGAAAUAUAUUGUCGCAUAAAAUUCUCAGGUCUGGUGGAUCUCCCCUUCCAGGAUGGCUAGAAUUUGACACUGACAACCACAUCCUUCAGGGAAUUGCCACGCCUGCUGAUGCUGGGCAGCUUUACUUGGAGAUUACUGCUCAGGGUUCCACUGGUCAAGCAACGGUUACCAGCUCUAUCAUUGUCCGUGAUGUGCCCACUCACACGUCAGGAGCACCAUUGCUUUUGAAGACAUCAGGACCACAGUUCAUUCACUGUAAGGAAAAAGAGCCGGAAACUGUAGCCACAAUGAUAGUUGAUGCGAAUCUUGAGCACAUGGCCUUGUCAGAUCGGUUGAAUCUACUCAGAAAGUUUGUUGCUCAUAUGGGGCUUCAUGAGGACAUGGUGAAGAUGCUGCCUGUGGGAAAUGCUCCAUUUCAUGACAGUUCUGCAUUGGUUUCUGGCAAUGGAGAUACCUUGAUACCUAAAACCACAGGUCUUUUCAUUUCUUGGCCUGUUGGCUGUGGACAGGUGAAAGAGGACCACUUUUCUGUUCUGCAGAGACUAGAUGAUGAUUCAGGAAGUGGUAAAAUGGCCAAAGUUUUGGGACAAUCUGUAAUAGGAUGGAAAGUUACAAACAGCCACUUUCAGCUGCCUACAAGAAAAAGGAGGCAAGUUCAUGCAACACCUACUCCAGCAGUAACUCCCAUUGUACCCACAAAAACAGACUCCAAACAAGAUAAAACAGAUGAGGGUGAUGGCAUUAUGACACAUCAGGUGAUUGUUACUCAGUCCCCCACAUUUAUUCAGCCCACAGCCACACAAGCACCAAUGAUGAAGACUUAUGAUCCUCAAGAGCUGCCAUCUGUUUCUGGAAAAGUAGAAGAGAAGCCAAGUGUAGUGAUGCCCACUGAGACAAUGACAAAAGUACUGCCAGUGACAAAGACUAAAGAAAUGCCAUUGAUCAAGCCAACAACAACAUACCCAUUGGAACCUACAGUUGCUGUUGAUUGUAUGCCUGGCCAAAAACCUGUAGUCAACAGACGAAUAGAGAAACUUGUGUUUCACGUUGGUGAAAUAAUAGAUUAUGUCAUUCCUAAUGACAUAUUUACGGACUGUGAAGUUAACGGAACACGAGAAAUGGAGCUGCAACUUUUCCAAGAUACUACAGACAUCAUUAGACCUGACUUUUUCAUACAGUUUGACACAGAGAAGCAAAAAAUUAUCGGGCUGCCAAUGGAUGAGGAUCACAGCAGAAAAUAUAAUUUUAAUCUCAUUGCCAAAAAGAAGUCCAGUUCAUUGAUAGCAAAUACAGAUAUCACAGUUCAAAUCAAAGGUGUCAAGAAUAGAAGAAAUAUAAACCAUGAACUGAGUGUGACCGUUGACUAUGACUUCAACAAGUUUAUGACCAGUGUGGAAGACAGAAUCAGCUUAGCCAACAAGAUAGCAAGCGUGUAUGGGGACUCUGACGCCAGGAAGCUAACCGUCACUAAAAUUCUGAAAGGUUCAGUCUUGUUUGGUUGGACUAACUCCAGCCUGGCAGCAAAGGCAUGUCCUUCACAGGAAAUAACAAAUCUGGUCGAGAAGCUUGUUGAAGAAGACGGAACACUGACUGAUCAUGCUGUAGAGAAGUUGAAGCCAUUUAGAUUAUUGAGUGCUGAUGUGAAACCUCUGGGUUCCUGUGAAAAGGAUCAACAGUUCCCAGUUAUUGCCAGGAAGCCAAGUGUUUCCACUCUACCACCUGUUGAUAGUGGAGACCAUGAGGACAAGAAAGAUAUAGAUGAUAUUAUGACCACAAGGAAAACCAUGGUUGAACCUGACAUUGAUGAAGAUGACAGAGACAGAGAUGUGAAAGUCAGCAAGCCAACACAGAAAGUUGAUACUACCACUGCUGAAAGUGUGAUUAAGGGCAGUAAGAAGGGUGAUGAUGAAGAUGAUGUUUGGAUAACCACUGUUAUUCCAGCAAUUGUCAUUGUGGUCAUCCUCCUGAUUGCCUUGCUUAUUGCAUGUAUCCUUUACCGUAAAAAGCGGAAGGGGAAGAUGAAUGUAGAGGAGCAGAAUACAUUUAUCAACAAAGGUGCCCCAGUCAUUUUCCCAGAUGAGCUUGAAGACAAGCCGAGCGAUGUCAAUAAACCAUUGCUGGUUGAAGGCAGUCCAGCACCGCCGCCAGAGUACCACAGAAACACAAGCGAGAGUCCUGAACGCCUCGUCGGAAUGAACUAUCGAAUCAACAGAGGUAACUUUGCUUCAUCGCCAGUGGAUGAUAGCAUCACUGAGAUGCCAGAAAAACCGUAUGAACCCCCACCUCCAGUCACAGCUUCCAGCAAUAAUAAGCAGCCCCGAACAACACAUUCGCAGCAGCCGUACUCACAUCCACCUCAAAUAUUGCCAUAG